CGUAGGCCGUAUCGCUUUUAACUCUCGAGUGUCUGGUUUGUAUGGUCUCAAACUCAAAUGGCUGCCUCUCUCAAGAUAGGAAUCGGCUCCUCCGUUUCCUCCCACCAUUUCUCCGCCAUGCCCGCCCUCUCCAAUGCCCUUCCGCCUCAUCGCCUCCUCCUCCUCCUCUCUCCUUCCCCCUCCCGUCGCUGCUCCCUCGCUUUCCGCUCCUCUCGCACUCCUCCUCGCCGUCUUCUUCUUCGCCUUCGCGCCUCCUCCGAUGACGACAUCUCUCCUUCUCCAGGAGUCGAGAAUCUAGUAAUUAUAGGUUCUGGUCCUGCUGGAUUUACUGCAGCCAUAUAUGCGGCGCGGGCAAAUUUAAAGCCUGUAGUGUUCGAGGGUUUUCAAGCAGGUGGUGUUCCGGGAGGACAGUUAAUGACUACCACAGAAGUGGAAAAUUUUCCUGGGUUUCCUGAUGGAAUUACUGGUCCAGAUCUGAUGGAUAGGAUGCGGAAGCAGGCGGAACGGUGGGGAGCUGAAUUAUUUCAAGAAGACGUGGAGUCUAUUGAUUUAAACAAUAGACCUUUUACUGUGCAAAGUAGUGAACGCAAGGUCAAGUGCCAUAGCGUAAUAUAUGCGACAGGAGCAACAGCAAAGCGACUUAGGUUACCUCGUGAAGAUGAAUUUUGGAGUAGGGGAAUUAGUGCUUGCGCAAUUUGUGAUGGAGCAUCACCCUUGUUUAAGGGUCAAGUUCUUGCUGUUGUAGGAGGAGGUGAUACAGCAACAGAGGAAGCCUUAUACCUGACUAAAUAUGCUCGUCAUGUUCAUUUACUUGUACGUAAGGAUCAACUUAGGGCUUCUAAAGCAAUGCAGGAUAGAGUGUUCAAUUGCCCAAAUAUUACCUUGCACUUUAACACGGAGGCUGUGGACAUUGUUAGCAAUACAAAAGGGCAAAUGACUGGCAUUUUAGUUCGAAAGGAUGAUACUGGGGAAGAGUCUGUGCUGGAGGCAAAGGGUUUAUUUUAUGGAAUAGGUCAUUCACCAAACAGCCAGUUAUUGAAAGGCCAGGUUGAGCUUGAUAGCUCUGGGUAUGUGUUGGUGGAGGAUGGUACUGCAAAAACUUCUCUGGAAGGUGUAUUUGCAGCUGGAGAUGUGCAGGAUCAUGAAUGGAGGCAAGCUAUCACAGCUGCUGGAUCUGGAUGCAUUGCUGCUUUAUCUGUUGAGCGCUAUCUUGUGAGCAAGAAUCUUCUUAUUGAGUUCCACCAGCCCCAAACUGAAGAGGUUAAGAAGGAACCAAUUGACAGGGAUGUUCAGGAGGGUUUUGAUAUCACCCUUACAAAGCAUAAAGGCCAGUAUGCUCUUCGGAAACUAUACCAUGAAAGCCCCAGGCUUAUAUGUGUACUUUAUACGGCUCCAACGUGUGGUCCGUGUAGGACACUGAAGCCACUUCUUAGCAAGGUGAUUGAUGAAUUUGAUGAAAGUGUCCAUUUUGUCGAAAUUGAUAUUGAGGAAGACCAAGAAAUAGCAGAAGCAGCUGGGAUUAUGGGUACUCCAUGCGUGCAGUUCUUCAAGAAUAAGGAGAUGGUCAGGAAUGUAUCUGGAGUCAAAAUGAAGAGCGAGUAUAGAGAAUUCAUCGAGUCAAACAAAUGAGGUGGUGAAGCUAUUGCCCUUGAUCUUCUGCCUUCAAUUUUGUUUCAUUUGUUCUAAUAAGAUAUAGCCAAGUGGAAAAAUGCUUAAAUUUUUUUCAUGUUCUGUAACAUUCAUAUUUAUAUUUAUACUGUAUAUUUUAGAUACAGAGCUGAGAAAAAGGGCAAAAAAAAAAAAAAAAAAAAAGGUUCGAAUAAGGUUCGAUUCCUUCAAUAAUACAUCAGCCAAUUCAUUCU